AUUCCUACCACAAAUCGUUCAGGAUCUUCGACGCACUUUUUCGUGCAUUCUCUCCAAAAAAUUUCACAAUGCUUGCUACGGCCACCCGUCACGUAGCUCGUCGCAUCGCCUGCUCCUCAACCGUCUUUCAGCCGACACUGCGCCGUACGUUAGCAACCACACGCUACGCAACGUCACACGAGUGGGUGAAGCUGGAUGGGGACAUCGCCACUGUGGGCAUUACUGACUUCGCGGCCAAGGCCCUGGGGGACGUGGUUUACGUGGACUUGCCGGAAGUAGGGGCAUCCUUCAGUAAAGGGGACCCCUUUGGCUCCGUCGAGUCUGUCAAGGCCGCCAGCGACGUGUACGCGCCCGUCUCAGGAGAGAUCAUCGAGUCGAAUGCGUCCCUUUCGGAGGACCCCGGGAAUGUGAACAACGCCGCGGAAACAGACGCGUGGUUCACGAAGUUCAAGGUGACAGACAAGGCAGAAUUCGAGGCAUUGAUGGACGCAGCGGCCUACAAAAAACAUACAGAGACGGCAUAGGGGCUCGGAGUGAUAAGAGAGACGUGUGGAUGAUAGCGAGUGUGGGGCGGGCAGUGAUUGUUAUACAUACCGAGGAAAAAGAGAGGGGAAGAAGGGAGCAGGGCCGGGGAGGGACUUUGGUAGGGGGAAGACGGACGACGGCAUGGAAUAGGUGGUAAAGGAAGAAAUGAAAGAAGAAUAAAUGACGGAAAGGAAUGAUAAA